AUGUCUAAAAACUGUUAUGCUCAAUUUUCAAAUAACUUUUUGAAACUAUUCGAGACUGGUAACAACUUUGACCUCAUUCUACACGCAGGUGACCAAAAAGAUAGAAAAGAAUUUAAAGUACAUACUCAAAUCUUGUGCGCGCAAUCGACGUAUUUCCAAGCCGCACUGUCAAAAAAAUGGCUCAAAAAGAAGGGUGAUUGUUAUAUUUUUGAAAAAACCAACAUCGAGGCCGAUGUGUUUGAAAUCAUUUUAAGAUAUCUAUAUACGGGAGAAAUGAAUAUAAAAAAUUGUGACGUACCUCAAAUUCUUAAAUUGCUGGUUGCAACGGACGAACUGGGUUUAGUUGAUUUUCUUCAAUUUGCGCGGAAUUAUCUUCUUGAAUCAAAAGACACUUUCAUAAUAGAACAACCGGGUCGAGUGCUUGAAUCGAUUUUCCGACUUGAAUCAUGCAAAAAGCUUAGACUACUUUGCAUCAAUGCUAUAUGCAACAAUUACGCAUCUAUAUUCGAUGACGCUAACAGGUAUUUGACAUUGGAAAAAGAUAUAUUCGCGUUGUUAUUGCAACAAGAUAAUUUGUGUAUGAAAGAAGUUGAAUUGUGGAAAUACGUUUUGAGAUGGGGCAAGAGUCGACAUCCGGAAUUAAAACCUUCCCCGACAGAAUGGUCGACAGAUGAUGUAAACUUGAUGAAGAAAACGCUAGCCGGCCUUAUUGAACAUGUUCGAUUUUUUACAAUGUCGGCCGAAGAAUAUUAUGACGAAAUUAGGCCAUACAAAAAGUUAUUUUCUAAAGAAUUACGAGAGAAAAUGUUACAAUUUAUUACGAUACCAUCCAGAAAACCAAACGAUGUUUGUACUAUGGCACGACCUAGAGCCAGAUUAUUGGACUCGAAAUUAGUUGGUCAUUCUAUCGCUGCCCAUAUUGCUGGAUGGAUUGAUUCAAGAAAGACCGCAUAUGCCAAGAUUCCAUAUGAGUUUACCCUUAUCUAUCGGGCAAGUCGUGACGGGUUUGAUGAUAUAAAAUUCCGUAACAUGUGUUCCAAUCAGGGCCCAACUAUCGUGAUUGCAAAACUUGUGGAUCAUCCAAAUAUAUUUGGCGGUUACAAUCCUUCACAAUGGCCCGCUUAUAGCAGGCCCUAUGGCCUUUAUUCAGUUGUUCCGGAAGGUGUUUGUACUUGCAUCUGUGAAGUUGACGAUGGAAGUUUCAUUUUUGAGAUGUCUGACGGAAAGUCGACCAAAGAAGCACGCAUUGGUAGGUUAAAUCCUGAGCGUGGAUACCACAACAAUAGAUAUUAUCACAGUACUGGGCCGGCUUUUGGUAGCAAUUUUUAUAUUCUUGGUCGAGCGUGGUAUUCAAAUACAUCGAAAUGUAAUUGCUACGCAAUGGUGUGCAGCAUUACAAGCGGAACUCUUGAGGAAUACGAAGUUUUUACAGUAAAGAAGAAUAAUUAA